CGCGCGGAAAGUGCUGUUUGGAUAACGUUGUACGGCAUGGUGAAAAUAACGAGUCACCUCACCCAGUGGUUAUGUGCUUUUUUCAAGCGUCUUCUCGCCAGGAUUAUUCUAGCAGACGAAGAACAGACGCUUGCCUUUUCCCUCUUCCUUUUCACCUUUAUUUUCCAGUUGCACCCAACAGGCAACUCCAUCCAUAAUGCUCAACAGCCUCGACAACGGCGAGGCAGAGAGUCACUGGGCCGCAGAAGGAUGUGGACAGUGCGUCUGGAGGGGGGGCCACGGCGAGUGAACCACGCCGCCGUCGCCAUCAACGGCAGGAUCUUCUCAUUUGGCGGCUACUGUACUGGGGAGGACUACAGCACGCGAAAACCUAUUGAUGUUCAUGUGCUCAGCACAGUCUCACUGAGGUGGGCCCUGAUUCCGUGUCAGUCCAACCUUGAAGAUGUGCCAUUCCAGCGCUACGGUCACACCGUGGUUGCCUACGGGGACUACGCCUACCUCUGGGGUGGGCGGAACGACGACGGGGCGUGUAAUAUACUCUACAGGUUUGACACAAGCACGUCGCUGUGGAGUCGACCAAAGGUGACAGGUUCAAUCCCCGGAGCGAGGGAUGGACACUCGGCGUGUGUGAUGGGCAACCACAUGUACGUCUUCGGCGGUUACGAAGAACAGGCCGACAGGUUUUCUCAGGAGGUGCACGUUCUCGACUUCGAGACGAUGCACUGGCAAUACGUCUACACCAGGGGUCUACCGCCGCAGUGGCGAGACUUCCACUCAGCGACGGCGCUGGGGCACCGCAUGUACGUGUGGGGCGGCCGCGGGGACAGCCAGGGUCCCUUCCACUCUCAGCGGGAGGUAUAUUGCAACCGCAUCGCCUACCUCGACACGCCUACCUCUACGUGGGUUCACCCGCCAACGUACGGGGACAUCCCCAGAGGGCGAAGGAGCCACUCGGCUUUUGUAUAUAAAGGGGAACUGUACAUAUUUGGAGGCUACAACGGGCUCAGGCUCUGUCACUUUGGUGACAUGUACAAAUACGACGCAGAAACGUCGGUCUGGACAAAAGUGAACACGUUAAGGGACGGUCCCUGUGCAAGGAGGCGACAGUGCUGCUGUAUUGUUGGUGACAAACUGUACCUUUUUGGUGGCACUAGUCGUUCUUGUAUUCCUUUUCACAGCCCCCUGCCCGUCCAGCCUGCACAGAGGCUGCAAGACUUCGAACCGCCCGACCAGACACUCAUGGAUCACUCAGAUCUGCACGUGCUCGACUUUGCUCCGACACUGAAGACCCUAAGCCUCCUUGCUGUGAUCGAGGCGCGAUUGGACAUUUCAAACUUGCCACAAGACAUCAGGUGGGAAAUAUCAACGAUGACAACAAACAACAGUAUCUCGCGCCCACUUCAGAUGACGGGCUGAACAGAAAGCUUUGUUACGCAUGUUCGGUUCUGCGAGUCAUUUCCAAGGAAGAGCCAUGGGACUGUUGCUGCGGAACACAGUGCUGUAAAAAAGUGUCGGGUCUGUUUGUGGAAACGAUUGCUUUGCUUCAGAGCCGACCAGAUUCUCGGUUUUCCCGACGCACAAUGCAAGUUGCUUUUACCGAGAAGCUACUUUUCACACUUCUUGUCAGCAUUUAGCAUUCGUUAAAUGCUAGUUUUCAUCGUUGAUUAUGGUUUGUAGUUGCUAGACAUUCUGGCAGUGGCUCUGCCAGUUUUGGAAGUGACUAGAGGUGUUGUUAAAAUCCCAUCAGAAACCAUGAAAUGUGUCACUAUGGCAAGGGUUGUUGAAAACUAGUCCCAUGGGUGACAGCAUGGACUGCGCUGGCAUGUUGCCCCACUAUGGCUCGGGAUAUUGUGUUCAUUUGAUGAAAAGCUCCACCUCUCCCUAGAACAGGAGGAAAUGCACUGCUGUCUAGGUGGCCGGCACUUUGGUCGGCAUAAUGUCGAAGUCCCGACAUGUUUAAGAAUUUGAAGAGCACAUUUGCUUCAGCUGUGAAUGUCAUAAAGUGUAGAUCUCCAAUAACUGUUAUAUGCUGCUUACUCAGGAAACCACACAAACAGGUUAGGAAAGCUCUCACAAGAACAGAAAAACUCCCUGCUCAAAACUGUCAUAGGGGUAAGAAAUCUCGCCAUACAUCUGACACGGGAACAUGUCAGGUCCUGUUGGUACAUGCAAAGAAGGAAUACCCAACCUCACGGAGGAGUAGGGGUGCGGAAGGCUGUCGUAAAAGAACAGCAAACUCCCUCCUUGAAGCCACAACCCAGAACAUCAUAAGAGUAAGGAUUCUUGAUAAUUUAUCCAAAUAUGUCAGAGAGACAUGUCAGGCCCUACUGAGACAUGAAAACGAUGAACCUUUUGGAGAAAUGGCAACUCCCUGCAAUAGGAAUAAGAUGUCCCGCCAUUUGUCCAAACUUGUCACAUAGUCAUGUCAGCUCCUGUAGAUACAUGCAAAAACAGAACACGAACUUCGUGGGACAGUAGCGUAGCCAACAAAAAAUUCGGCAGGGUUCCUACGGAAAGAUUACGUGGGGGAGAGGAUUUCACCCUUGUUUUCCUUUCCCCAAAUGCACUACCAAAGGUAUAAUUUUUGUGGGGUUUGAACCCCCCCCCCCUUCUGGCUAUGCCACUGUCAUGGAGGGAUGGUGUCCGAAAAGUUCUUAAAAGAAUGACAAUACCCUACUUGGAGGCCAUAAUAACCAUUGUAGCAGUAAGAACGCUUGCCAUCUAUCCAACCAUGUCACAAAGACAUGUCAGGCCCAAGAGGUACAUGCAAAAAAAGAAGAAACAAAAAUACACGUGGAGGGAUGGGAUGACAGGCCACUACGGAUAGCCAUCUCAUGAUCCGCCUAAUUUUGUAAUUGCUUUACGACGUAGUGAAUACUCAUUCUUUUUCUUUUGAAGUUGACCACUCAGCAUGAGAGGUGACCUGGACCCCGUUUUAGAGGGCUGGGGGUGCUGCCAUGUAGCAUUUUCUGUACAAAAAGAAAAUAACAACAACAUCUGCUGGUUGUAAAUAACUGUAUGAGUGACAAAAUGUUUUUGACCUAUUUGUUUUGUUCUCAAGACACAUUUUUUGAGACACAUUAAUGUGUGAAUAGUUGCCCAUAAUGAUACCAGUUCUUGUUACUGCACAAUUGCAAUGGAUUAGAUUGCUCAGGUGUUUGCUCCAGCAUUACAUCAUGAAUUAAAUUAAAUACAAUAUUAAAUUUGCAGUUAAGGUGGUGAAAGAUGUGUCAUUGAUGUGAAUCUCUGUUUACUGCUGUGAAGUGAACAAAUGCUUGUAAUCUAGUUGUAAUAUACAAGGCAUACACGUGCAUUUCUGACUCGCGCGUAUUAUUAUUAUAUUGUCAGGUGAUUGCUUCGAAAUUGUAGUUUUUAACGUGUCAAUGCAUACCUAGUGUCACACUUCUUCUUUUCCUUUCUUGUUAUGAAUGAAGUGUUGUGUGCACACAAUUUUAAUUGGAUGCUAUUUAUGAUGUGCAUGGACAUUUUCUUAGUUUGGCAUGAUCUGUGACACGUGCAGUCUAUAAGUUUUACUGAAUGAGCUUGUCCGUAUACAUAAGCACCCUUUGGCUGGAUUCAUCUGUGGAGCAUGUUACAUCCUGAUGAUUAAAUCAAAUGCUGAACUUGAA